AAGGGUAAGAUAUUAAAUUUGGGAUUUUUGGUCCUUUGAAUUUUGGGGAAAGGGGAAAUGGGUAGGGCCUUUGUGUUUGUAAUAUUGGGAGGAGGAGUUGCUGCUGGUUAUGCAGCUCAUGAAUUUGUUAAACGAGGUGUCUCUCAUGGCGAACUAUGCAUCAUCUCUGAAGAACCUGUUGCUCCUUAUGAACGACCGGCAUUAAGCAAGGGUUAUUUACUACCAGAAGAUCCUGCACGUCUGCCUGCUUUUCAUUGUUGUGUUGGUUCAAAUGAGGAAAGGUUGACGCCGAAGUGGUACAAGGAAAACGGAAUUGAGCUGGUCCUUGGAACUCGUGUAAAAUCAGCUGAUGUGAGACGGAAGACAUUGUUGACUGCAACUGGUGAAACCAUAACCUACAAGAUUCUCAUAGUGGCAACUGGUGCUCGGGCUUUGAAGCUUGAAGAGUUUGGAGUGAGUGGCUCAGAUGCUGAGAGUGUAUGUUAUUUACGAGAUUUGGCUGAUGCAAACAGGCUGGUUAAUGUGAUGCAAUCCAGCGGUGGUGGCAAUGCUGUUGUAAUUGGUGGUGGCUACAUAGGAAUGGAAUGUGCUGCUUCUUUGGUGAUCGGCAAAAUCAAUGUCACCAUGGUCUUUCCAGAAGCACACUGCAUGGCCCGCCUAUUUACUCCUAAAAUUGCAAGUUUCUACGAAGAAUUUUACCGGUCAAAAGGAGUUAAGUUUGUGAAAGGAACGGUCUUGACAUCAUUUGAUUUUGACUCCAAUGAUAAGAUGACUGCAGUGAAUCUGAGAGAUGGAACCAAACUACCAGCCGACAUGGUCAUAGUAGGCAUUGGAAUUCGACCAAAUACCAGCCUCUUUGAAGGGCAGCUUACUCUUGAGAAAGGAGGGAUAAAAGUCAAUGGCCAAAUGCAGUCAAGCAACAGCUCAGUCUAUGCUGUUGGGGAUGUUGCAACUUUUCCUGUUAAAAUUUUCGGUGAAACACGGAGACUUGAACACGUUGAUUCUGCAAGGAAGUCAGCAAGGCAUGCAGUUGCUGCAAUCAUGGAACCAGAGAAAACAACGGAGUUUGACUACUUGCCAUUCUUCUACUCCAGAGUCUUCACACUCUCUUGGCAGUUCUAUGGUGACAGUACUGGUGAUGUAGUCCAUUUUGGGGAUUUCUUGGGGAAUAGCUUUGGUGCUUACUGGGUGAACAAAGGUCACGUCGUUGGGUCUUUUCUGGAGGGUGGAACCAAAGAGGAGUACCAGGCUAUUGCAAAGAUCACAAGGCUCAAACCAGCAAUUGAGGACUUGUCUGAUCUCGAAACACAGGGUUUAGGAUUUGCAUUGACAUUGAGUGAUAAACCAGAGCCAUCGGAAGCUGUUGUUGUCAGCAGUGGUUCGGGUUCCACUCUUGCAACAGAGAAACCUUUACAUGUUUGGCAUGCAACAGCUGGAGUCAUUUUGGCUGCUUCAAUUGCUGCCUUUGCAUACUGGUAUGGUAGGAGGCGUAGAAGGUGGUAAAUGUCUUGUUCAAGAAGCAUUUCCCCACGGAAGAUUUUUACACGUCGAUUCCUGCUGUGUUGUAUGAUUUUAGCUUAGAGAAUUUGAAAUACUCGGCCUGAAAAUGGCUUCAAUCUUACAAACAUGUAUUCUGUCUUUACAGUAUAUAUCAAUACACAUUAUCCUCAA